UUCCCGACUCUUGCUACCGACGGUCGUAUUUUCAGUGUCGUAAGUGAAAAACUUCCACGCGGCGUUUGAUUGCCUUGUCCGAGUUUAGAAGUGAAAUAUUUUCUUUUUACACCAGUCAGUCCAGUGUGAUCGCUGAUUUCAGUUCAUUUGAUUUACUCAAAAUAUUCAUGUUGAAACAGUUUUGCGACAUAUGUAAGCCUACUUACGGUGCAUCUCGGGCAAGCAAAUUAGUGUGAAUCAUCUUUAAGAAAGCGGAAAUAGUGGCUUGUGAAAGUGCUAACCUGUUAUCAUUGAGCUGUGUUGUGUUUCAUUGAGUUGUUUUAUGAAAUUGUGUAUCGCCUUCAAGUUUACUACAACUCAGCGUAAAUCUUGCUAACAACCACCGAUCUGCCAGUGACUGUGGUUAUAUUUAAAGUGGCAUCCACUGAUCAAGCUUCUAAUUGUGCACCUUCUCAGCCAACAUCAAAGCGAGCUCCUGUUGAAGACACCAGGCACUCGCCAGACGAAGCGGAUCUGCAGCUUCCACUUUUCGAUGGGUUGACACGAGUGAUCCGGUGCUUUUUCCUGACGACGGGAAAUAAAAGAUAGUUUGUACGCAUUAGUUGGACACGGCCAAUUAUCUGCGUUGCUGGAUCCCGUGACGGAACGACUCCCGAGUGACGAAGGAACAAACUGUUUGACAAGUGCUGGUGUGACCUCAUAGUCACACGUGAUACCUUCUAGAAACCAUCAAGCUGUGAUUACUUCUGUUUUCCACCGAAUCCAGCUGCCAAGAAUAUUUCAAACUGAAGCCCGAAAAUUUGCCAUUCUGUUUGUUUCGUCGUCAUCACCUGACUACUUAUUUUUGUGUAGCCGGCAUCAAAAGCUUGCUCCACAGGUUCGAUCCGAGUCACUACGAAACCGCUUUCCAAUGAGAGUAGCCGCGGCGAGCUCCAGCCCGUACAAAUUGGCGUCCACGACAGCCCAGAGCGUCCUAGUCUCCGGCGGCUGUGAGGCUGGCCAGCUCGGAUUGACCCUACAAUUUUGCUAUUGUUAUUUCGAAAUCUCCACGAUUCUGCUGCACCUGUUCAUCGGUUUGGGCCUGGUAAUCGCCGACCUCAACUAUUGCCAGGACUAGCUCCCCCCCCUGCUGUCACACUGCUCGAACGGUACACCAAGUGGCCAUCAUCAACACCACCGGUUCAGUGUAAAGUGAAAUCCGUCCUCUGGAAUCUAAGUGAUAAUAGAAGAAAAGGAAAGAUCGAGUGUUUGCGCCUUGAAGCAGAGCUCAACAGUGUUAACCAAGUGUCUUCCGAGGAGCAAAGUGCUCAUUCCAUUGUGUUCAAUAGUUAAGUCUAAACCAAAAUAGCCGCCAUGUUGAAGGUAGUCGGAGCAUCCUGGUACAAAACGCGUAUCAGUUCUUACAUCCUGGCCGGUGCCUUCAUGCUCGCAUUCGGAGCGUUCUUCAUUGCUGAGAUGGAAAGACCCGUGUACGACGGAACGUACUGUGCUACCGCCUACUGGGCCCGUAACUCCGGAUUCCGUGUCGAAUUCUGGGGUCAACGGAACGAACUGGACACGGUGCCGCGAGGUGCCGUGCGCGCCUGUUAUCGAAACAGUUUGCUCGAAAAUGGGUGGUCCCAAGUGGAGCUGGAAUCUCAGCCCGAGUAUCCCGACAAUAUACAAGCAUUCGCAGCCGGCAUGUUGGAGGGAGCGCUCAGCUGGCAUACCAUCUAUCUCCAUUGGAUGAACACCAUCAAUGCAGAAUGCACUCGGGACGAUCAGUCGGAGGAAUUCUGCGAUUGGCUGCGUCGUAUCGUGACUACCAAUAUGGAGACGGUGAAAAAGAUGGCCGACAUGAAGAGCAAGCAUGACCAUUACUGGUACCAGGUUGGAUUGUUUUACGAUCAGCUUGACGGAAUGGAAUUCGGAUUCCGUAAAGGUGUCCGUCGAUCGCGCAUGGAAUACGAGAUACCGAUGGAGGACUUCCUGCUGAUGAACAGUGCAGUCGACAUUCGAGAUCUGAAAGCAUACUACAUGAAUUUUCUGGAUGGACAUAGUGGCCUUUAUGUGGAACCAAACAAAGGCAUUCUUCUGCUGAAAAUUCUGGAGGACAAUGGCGGAUUAGUGAAGAUCUUGAUGGGUCACGCAAGUGAUGGCAGCUACUCGUCGAUGCUGAGAGUGGUAAAAAAGUACACGUUGAACUAUCAUUUCUCAUCCGAAGCUUCCGUUGACCGAGUGGUUCCCAGUACGAACAUUGUAUUCACCGGAUUCCCAGCUGCCUUGUCAUCCAUGGAUGAUUUUUAUAUGCUAUCUGGAAAGCGACAUGAAAUGGUGACAGCUGGAGUUAAGAUAGAGAAUGAUAAUUUGAAUCUUUGGACUAAGAUUGAUCUCGUGCGCUCGGUUUCUCUCGGUCCCCGGGUGAUGGCGUCUAAUCGAUUGGCACACAGUGGACGCGUUUGGGCAAAGUAUUUCGCACGAAGUCCAUCAACCGGUGCCAAGCAGUGGUUGGUUGUAGAUAUGAAACGGCUAAACCAUAAAGCUAAUGUUACCGACGAGUCGGCUGAAACGGAAGAAACACUCAUCAACCAGAUCGAAACAUUUGAGUACGAUGGACUACGAACUGAAACGAAGCACAUGGAUGACUACGUGGAUGUGGAUUUCGAAGAACAUGUACGAAAAUCUACCUCUAUCGGAAAAAUAAGCGACGGGGGCUUGUUUUGGGUUGUUGAUCAGCUUCCUGGACGAUUGCACGCGGAGGAUAUGACCGAGAAAAUUGUACAGGAUGGCUUUUGGCUAGGGAACGGAGUACCCAUUUUCAAGGAACUAGCAGACAUUGGUCACGUUAAAAACAAAACCACUAACGCACAGCAGCAAGAGAAAAUUCUCAACAACAUUACUGAUCUUGACGGGCUGGCCAAAUUUAUUCGUCAGAGUGCCUACCGCGGUGACCUAGAUCAACAGAAACCGACGGCAUUCGGUAAUAUCGACAUGAAGCUGUUCUCCGAAACCAACGGUAGCAAUGGAACGGUGAUAUUCCAGGCCUAUUCCGGUCCACUGUUCGAACCGAUCAGUGACGGUCAGGCAUUCAAACGUAGUGUCGAACCGAUGGACACUGUUACGGAUGAAGAGUCGAGUUCAACGAUGGCUGCAAGACCGAAACGUAUUAAGCCGUUCGACUGGGAUGAUGCCGACGAUCUGGAUGUUCGCCACCAAGGUCAACCCGCGGUUUGGAACUUUGUCGGUGAAUCGCCACGGUGGGCAUGGUUAUCACGGUGUGCGUAAGAGCUUUGCAGAGUAACUUUGGUGCCUUUUAUUUUACAAGAGUAUAUGUUGAACACCGUAUUUUCCACUAAAAAAUUUACAAAAUCCAACUAGUAGCAAUAUAUUUCAGACAAUCUUUUGAUGAAACUCAGUUUCAGAUUUCCAAAUAAAAAUAGCAAAAUGUUUCAAAAGAA